CCCUGCGUGCGCCUGUCUGAGUGGUGGUGGACCUCUCAGCUUCCUGGGUACCAAAAGAGGGCAGAGACACCAGCGCCACUCCUCGCGUUCUCUUCCACUAGACUACUGCGUGAAUGUCCCAGUCAUAUUCACCCAUGGAGAACGGAAUAGAAAAUAUCGACAUGAGCAAGACAACAUUUCUGAUUUUAUUUUUACGAGCCAAAUUAUUUGAAAAGAUAAAAAAUGUCCUGUAUCGAUAGAAGUUUUGAUCGUUUUUUUUCCCGAAAGGUGAGCAAAUGAAGGAGCGGGAGGCUAAAAAGUCUCUCAAUAAAGUUGGACAUUUGUUGCACAACGGGCGCUUUUGCGGCGCUUUUGUAAUUUGGAGGAGUAUCGUUUCAGGACGUAAUCAGGGGUUUUGUCGCCACCUCGUGGUGAUAACUUAAUAAUACAUCUUGAACGCCACAUAUGCAAACCUUGAUUGCCAAUCCAAACAAAAGCUCUUAAAGAAUGAAUGCAAACACAAAAUGCGGCAGAGUACUGUAGAAGGUGUGAUAACUCCGAAGUACAUUUAUUAUUUAUUAUAUGAAGGAGGGUUUGGGGGGGUCAUUUGGUUGAUCCCUGCCUUCGAGCGAAUCAUCGGUAAUCUCGUGACGUCAUUUCAAUAACAGUACUUCUUGUAGCCAUAAUGCCAUCACUGGAGAUGUCGAGUUACGGCAGAAUGAGUGCGCGCGCGUGCUUGAAACCGCUCAGCAUUUCUCAUAAUAUUUCUCAGCGGGGAAACACUUGCCCUUUGUCCCUCGAGUCCUCACAUUGAUCCACUUAGUUCACUUUUCUGAGCUGAAACAAGCGGUUGUCAAAAAAAAAUGUAAUGCACUUUCAUUAUUAAUCACUUAAUGCCAGAUUUCCUUGCGUGCAAGUAAAAGUACGAAUGCGGCGGCUGUGAGGUGACGUGCUGAUGCUCUUGGACUCAGUUGACAGUUUGACUCCACGAACGACCUGCUGGGGGCGGUGUUGAAAACGUUUUGAAAAUCUUGACUGCCCUUAAAAGGGCCGUUUUCCCAGCAUGAGUGUGACAUUUUCUCAUUGGAGUGACUCGGGAAAGCAACAUAAACAGCAUCACGGACCAGCAGGUGCUCCCAAAUGGCUCAGCAGGUAGCCUAAAUGCAGCACACAACACAUGAUCGUUUUCUGCCUUAUUAAUCACUGCUUCAUUUUCUCACUUUCCAGGUUAGCGAUGAACCCGGACUCGCUUUAAUUUCCUCACCAAAAACCACAAAGGAAACAAGAUAUUCCAUGAUAUCUGCAUGCUUUAAUUUUGUCAAUUCCAUCAUCGGUUCUGGGGUGGUUUACCGUACGCAUUGAACCAAGCAGGACUCCCCUUUGGCGUUUUGCUUCUGAUUAUCGUCGCGUUCAUCACGGACUACACAAUCAUCCUACUCAUUAAAGGAGGGAACCUGUCAGGGACAAACAGUUACCAGUCAUUGGUCCAAAGCACAUUUGGUUUUCCAGGACUCCUCAUUUUAUCAGCGCUGCAGUUCCUGUAUCCGUUUAUCGCCAUGAUCAGCUACAACAUAACAACAGGGGACACACUGACCAAAAUAUUUCAAAGAAUCUCCGGAGUCGGACCAGAUCACAUCAUGGCCGACCGCCAUUUUGUCAUCAUAAUGUCCACCGUCUUAUGCACACUGCCUCUUUCGCUUUAUCGAAAUAUCGAGAGACUGGGCAAGGUAUCCUUCCUGUCAAUGAUACUGACAGUAAUCAUCCUCAUCAUUGUAAUCAUCCGAGCAGCCACCUUGGGACCUCAAAUUCCCACGACGGCGGAGGCGUGGCUUUUUGCCAAGUGGAACGCUAUUCAGGCAGUCGGCGUCAUGUCGUUUGCCUUCAUAUGUCACCACAACAGCUUUCUGAUCUACGGCUCUCUGGAGCAGCCCACGCUAACCAACUGGAUUCGGGUCACGCACAUUUCCGUUGGCUCAGCGCUAAUCAUCAGCGCCGCGUUUGCGUUGGCUAGCUACGUCACUUUUACGGGCUACACGCAAGGAGACAUAUUUGAGAACUACUGCAGAAAUGAUAAUUUAGCAACAUUUGGUCGCUUCUGUUUUGCCCUCAGCAUUAUCACAACAUUUCCGCUGGAGUGUUUUGUUACUCGAGAGGUGAUUUCAAAUUCAAUUUGUGGUCGGGAGCUUUCAAAAGUGGAGCACAUUUCUAUCACGGUGAUCAUAGUUGCGGCUUGUACAGCGUUGUCUUUGCCGUACGACUGUCUGGGAAUUGUUUUGGAGUUGAAUGGUGCUCUGAGUGCCACACCACUGAUCUUCAUCAUCCCCUCCGCUUGCUUCCUCAAACUCUCCCCCGGACGCUGGUAUCACAGUGAAAACCUGAUGCCCGCCUUUUUGAUUGUUCUCGGGGUGUUCGUCAUGAUAACUGGACUGACGAUGAUGGGCCUCAACCCUCAAGACUGUUCACACGGUGCGGAGAUGUUCUACUGCAACAAUGCCAACAUUUCCGCCACUCUACCGCCUGUAUGAUGACUUUGACUUGCAAGGACCCUUAUCACACUAAAAUGUAUUUUUGGAGUAAGUAUCGAGUAAAUGCUCUUCCACUCGAUGGGGGAAGGUAUGACUAACCUGUGUAAGCAUCUUUCGCCAUUCACACAGCAGAAUACAGCAAUUUUUUUGUUUGUUUGUUAGAGUGAACACAUCUGGAUUUCACACAAGUAAAUUUGUCAGAAAACUGAAAUGAGAUACUCAUUUCUGUAUUUCUUUUGUUUGGUGAUAAGUGUGUCAUUUUUCGACUGCAACAUAUGCCAUACUCACAAAUAGUUUGAGAUUUAGGAUUUUGGGUUCAACAUUGUUUCAGUGCUUUUGUUGCUUGGUUUUGUUGUCAAUCACUUGUAUUUAACUUUUAAGUACAAUACAUUUGUAUUGAAUCUUUUAGAAUGUUGUAUUAAAACAUUUAUUUGGAUCCAAUUUGUAUACAUUUAAAUCUUAAUCUUCAAGUACAUUUUUUUUAGUGCAGUGUUACACGGCAUGUCCGUUUUGUCUUCACAAAAAUAUGUUCUAUGCGACCUCACUCAUCUAAACAAUGUUGAACAAUGUUGAACAUAUUUAACAACUUUAGUUUUCAUACUUUGAAAACCAUUCCAUUAAAAAAAGUUGAGGAAAAAAAAUCACCAGUAAAGGUCGUGAGCUAUAUGUUCAUCGAGAAACGUGCCCUACAUUCACAAUCAACGGUGAGAAACAUUCAUUCAGGAAAACGGAGGUGUCAUUUCUACUACUCGCCACAAGGAGACACUGUUGACACACAAACGCACUCAUAAAAAGGAAACCAGCAAGGAAGAAUUGUUGCUCGUGAGUUUGUUUGGCUGAUUGGCUUGACUUUGGGGUGAACGUUUCCAAGAUUGCGCGGUGCUUCCAUUUUUUUGGUGUGUGUGCGUGUUACUCGCGACACUAACGAUGUGAUUGAAACGAUGUGAUUGAAACGCCCCGUCAGGAUGGACACAAACCGCACGGAGGGACUCCUCAGUCCUUGUUUUACAGACUAAAGUUACGUGUCGAAGGCAGCCAGGCAGCGUCUUUUGGAUCAUGUAAGCCGCAGC